AUGAUUCAUAUAGAGAAAACACGUACAUCCUCUUUUGUUAUCAAAGAGGAGAGCCACUCUUCUGAGACUGUCCAUCUGAGGCUGAAAAUCAGAGCGCUGAUAAUCGUCCUCCUCCUGACCACAAGCUUCUUUCAAAUCUCACAAUGUGUACAGGUUACAGACAGUGGGUACAGCUUCUCCUUGGAGGCAGUGAAGACCCUGAAAAAGCUUAUGGAGACUGACACGAGUACAAACCCGCGACAGACCUACGGCGAUGCAUUGUCCCUACGUGCCGACCCUGACCUGCCAGGAGAGUUCAGAGUGCUGUGCGGAAAAGAUGAUGCUGACGAAGUCUUCCAGCAUCUGGGUUGUGAAAUCAUCAGUCCUAUAGACCCCUGUGAGAUCUGCGCCAACGUGGCCUGCACCGGCUGUUAG